AUGCAGGCAGGUGGGCAGAGUGGGGCAAAGGACGGGGGGCGGGGGGGUCCUGGAGGAGGGGGACUGUCUUGCUUUGCUUUCUGUAUCUCCAACACUUAUUGGCCGCGUGAUGCUAAGCAAGUCACUCAGCCUCUGGCAGCCUCAGUUUGCUCAUUUGUACCCUCGGUCCCGGCAACACGCCAGACUCCAAGACGCUGUGUUUUGAGUACAGAGAGCCCGCCCCCGCCACCCCGCCUCCAACCAAUGACCAGUCUCUUUGAAGGACGCCUGUCAAGGCCUCCUCCCGGGGGGAGGCUAAAACUUCCUGUCCCGCGCUCGAACAGCUUCCGGCGGGAGGCGGAAGCCUCGCUUCUGGGCAGAGUCAGGGAGCUGGGACUGCUGGCCGCCCAGGACGAGAAGGUUGGAAAUACGGCCAAAUGUUUUCUGGUUGACCGCUGCUAUGAUGAUGAUGCUGAAGAGGAGACAGAGGAAGAGGAAGAAGAAGAGGAGGAUGAAGAAAAGGAGGAAGAUGAGGAUUACUAUCUUAUCCAGGAGGCUAUGGCUGUAUUUGAGAGGCUUAAGAACAUAGACUGCCCCUUCCUUGAGGGCCUUUGUAUUACUGAACCAAAGACAAUCAAGUAGCUCCUGUGUACUCCCUGUUGCACCAGGCUGGGAGAGGAAUGCAGGCCAGCACAGACCAGGCCCCAGCAAACCUGGAGCAGCCCUCAGGGGACUAAAUGGGCCCCAGCAAACAUGGAGUAGGCCUCAGGGGACUGAAUCCCAGGCAGCUGUGGUGGUUUCCAGACUUCUCAACCUACAAACACCAAAGACAGCCUAGAAGGUCUGUCAAACCUGGGUGAGAGAGGAGCACAGUCCAGCCCUCACCCCUGUACAGCCCAGGGGCAGCUGCUUCCAGAGCUCUCAACCCACAGACAGUAAGAGGAUUGAACAGCUAAUCAGAAGGAGAUUACAGAGGUCU